AUACCACGCCUAUUGAGAAUACCUGUUACAAUGGUGCAGAUCAAAUUCCUGUUCGCUUUCAUCGCCGUGAUGACAAUUGUUGUCCUGGCCGCCGACAUGGCUUCGGCCUCUGAUUGUCUUUCUGGAAAAUUCAGUGGUCCUUGCUUCGCUUGGGAUGGAGAACUCUGCAGGCGUCUUUGCAAAGAAGAAGGACGAGUCAGCGGACACUGCAGUGCCAGCAUGAAGUGCUGGUGCGAAGGAUGCUAAAUCCAGUGCAUUUCAAGCAUUUAUUUAACAUGAGACCUGUAUAUUAUAUUAUUCUAACAAAUAAAUAACAAAUAUCAUUUAUCAGCAA